AUGCAGGGAAAUCGACCGGCAAUUACGACGUUGACUUUCGAGGAGGUCGAGAAGAUGCCCGAGUUGAAAGAAAAUCCAUUCAAACGUCGAAUUUGUGAAGUGUUCUCUGAAGACGGCCGUGGAAAUCUAUCGUUCGACGACUUCUUGGACAUGUUUUCAGUGUUUUCAGAGAUGGCUCCGCUUCAGCUGAAAUUGAAAUAUGCUUUUAGAAUUUAUGAUUAUGAUGGCGAUGAAUUGCUUGGACACGACGAUUUGAGUAAAAUGAUUCGAAGUUUAACGAGAGAUGAAUUGAGUGAUGUUGAAGUUGAAUUCAUCAUCGAGCGAAUCAUUGAAGAAGCUGAUUUGGAUGGAGAUUCCAGUAUCAACUUCGCCGAGUUCGAGCACGUCGUCUCACGAUCACCUGAUUUUAUUAGAACGUUUCAUAUCAGAAUUUGA